AUGAUCAGGCUGCGAAGGCCACCGCAUCGACGUCGGCAAGUCCCGAUCGAAAGAAGGUUGCGCCCUUUGGCUGACGGUAGUGAUCAAUACCCCGCAGUCACGUCUCCGUCUUCUCCUGUGACGCUCUACUCCAGCUUCCACCCGCCUCCAACAGCCUCGUACGCUUCCCUCUGCACCAUGGCAACCCACAACGCCCUCAAGAGCCCCAACUCUUAUGGGAUCGCCUGGAUCGCUGCUCUUCCCAUUAAGCGGGCCGCUGCGGAAGCGAUGCUUGAUGAGGAACAUGCAGCUCCGACCGGCUUCGCUAGACACCAGACUGACGCAAACGUUUAUACAUGGGGCCGCGUGGGGGAGCACAAUGUCGUCAUCGCCUCUCUGGCAUCUGGAGUCUACAGGACCACCUCGGCUGCGACCACAGCCUCGAGCCUGCUUGCCUCUUUGCCAUCCAUCCAUCUUGGUCUUUUGGUCGGCAUAGGGGGCGGCAUCGCUCGACCGGACGAGGGCUACGAUAUCCGGCUAGGUGACGUUGUGGUGAGCCAGCCCCGUGGGACCAUGGGCGGUGUCUGCCAGUACGACUUGAUGAAGGCAAAGUCUGGCGACAAGCGUGAGCGCAAUGACUUCCUCAGUCGGCCUCCGACUGUCCUCCUCAAUGCGCUUACCAGCAUCCAGGCCGAUCAUGAGCGGAGAGACUCCAAAAUUCCCUACUUCCUUCAAGAGAUGCUGGAGAAGAAUCCAAAGAUGGGCAACUUCAUACAAACACACACGGCCGACCCUUACAUCCACUACGGGACCAUUGCAUCUGGAAACAUACUCGUUAAAGAUGCUGCUGCGCGCGAUUGGAUUAUUGCGGACCUUAGUGAGGAUUGCGUCUGCUUUGAGAUGGAAGCAGCCGGCCUGAUGAAUUACUUUCCCUGUCUUGUGAUCCGAGGGAUCUGCGACUACGCAGAUUCUUACAAGAAUGAUCAAUGGCAACGCUACGCUUCGGCGACUGCUGCUGCGUAUGCCAAGAAGCUUCUGGCGUACGUGCCGGUCGCAGAGCUUCAACAGUCCAAGAGGGCACUGGAAGUGCUUCAGUUGGCGCAACUUUCUCAGAGGUGUGAUUUCACAGAGAAGUCCUUGUCCCAUGAUCUUCUCGAGAAUAUCCGGAAGAAAGUUGGCGACGAAGCUGACGGCAUGUUCAGGUGGGCGUUCUGCCAAUUGGACAGCCUGGCUCGAUGUCAUCACGCGGCAGCUAUGGAGGAGGCUCUCGAAUCUUUGCCGUUGAAUCUGAAUGAGACAUACUGGCGCAUGAUUGCAAGCAUACCGACUGAGCUGAAAAAUGAUGCGAUACACCUCCUACAAUUCCUAGUGCACUUCAAGCGACCCCUCAAGCUGGUCAAGGCUAAAGAAGUGAUAGCAACGCAAAUUGAAAAUAAGCCACUAGGGUUUGACAUCAAGCGUCGACUUCUUUGCGAAACUGAUGUUAUAGAUUACUGUCCUAGCUUAGUAACAGUCGUUCACGCCAUUGAUACAGAGCUACAUCUUGCCCACAUUCCUGUCAAAGAGUACCUUCUUGGAGAGAAUCAUUUCAAGAUUCCGACGGCUAGCAUUUCCAUCACGAGGACGUGCUUGACUUAUCUUACGGACAUCGACGGUAGCCACAGGGUGAUCCAGCGGGAUUUUCCGAUGGCAAGAUAUGUGGCGGAACUCUGGAUAGACCAAGCUGCGUUGGCUCAGGCUUCAGAAGAUAUAGUUCAAGUCACAGUCAGGUUCCUAGAAAAGGAAGCGACAUUCCAACGAUGGUGUCGUUUGUAUCAGGUUGACGGGAGUUGGGACAAUGACCCUGGUCCUCCGCGAGGGUCCAGGCUCUACUAUGCUUACUUCAUUCGACUGGUAGCGACUGCACGAGAUCUUAUUCACAGGGGAGCAGACGUUAACGCGCAGGGCGGCUACUACGGUAAUGCUCUCCAGGCCGCCUCACAGUGA